AUGGCUCCCAUCCCCUCCACCACCCAAUCCCUCACCGCGCGCCUAAACACCCUUUCCGAAUCAAACAAGGCGGCCGGCCAACUCAUACAGCGCCUUGCCAAACUCGAUUUCCAGCCAGGCUCCCUGCCGCUAGACCCUGCCGACGAGGGUGACGUGCGCCUCGAACUUGGUGCCGAGAUACAUGAAACGCUGAAGGGCAUUGAGGAGGAACUCGAGCUUCUGCGACAGGAAGUCGAAGACGUCACUCUGCACGGCGGCAUUGCUGGCCGAAGAAAAGACAGCAGCAAGGAGAGCGAAAGGAGUAGGCUUGCCGUCCUACUUGCAAGACUGACCGAGGACUUGAAAUCCUCGCGAGCACAGUACCGCAAAGCCCAGCUUACCGCCAAACACAACGCCGACCGCGCAAAGCUCAAGGAACGCGAACUGCUCUUCUCCAACCUACAGUCAGGCUCCUCGACUCCUUCGUCUACAUAUCGCCAAAGGAAGCAGCAGCAGGGCAUAUCAGAAGGCGAGGUCGUCGCCCAGGCUUCCUCGGACGUUACCGCUGCCCUACGAAGGACACACCUGUUGAUGAGAGAGGAACUCUCACGCUCACGCUUUGCCCAAGAAACACUUGAACAAUCGACGGCUGCACUUGAGAAUCUCGGCGAGCACUACUCAGACCUCAACACGCUGCUAGCAAACAGCAAGACGCUCGUGUCGACACUACUCAAAAGCCAAAAAAGUGACACGUGGUAUCUCGAAACCACCUUUUACAUUCUCAUCACAACCGUUCUCUGGCUCGUUUUCCGCCGCUGGCUGUACGGACCGCUAACGUGGUUUAUCCUGUGGCCGCUCAAGAUUGUCUUUCGCAUUCUUUUCGCAGUUGCACCAGUGGGCACCGCAGUAUCGUCUUCUUCCAAGAGCCUAGUCAUCCAACCCAGCGCAACAGGCGGCAUACCCCGGCGCGAACCCAACGCCCAGCCUCACUACAUUCCCGUUGGUCGUGGAGGCGGAGCCCAGAAACAAGGUCAAGAUCCUAGUCCCCCAGGCUCCUACUCGCAGCAAGUCGGCAACAUGGCGGAACAAAAUCAGCAGCAACAGCAGCAACAACAACAAGAGGUGCCGGACCACCCGCAAUUCAAACCACGGAAGCAAGAUGAAGAUGAUGGGCCAGUAACGCGUGGAGACGGAACUGUGCUCAAGGAGAGUAGCAAGCCUCGUAAUCCAAAGAAGAAGAUGUGGGAUGAGGAUGUGGAGAGCAGGAAGAGGGAAGAGGAGCAGCAGCAGCAGCAGCAGCAAGAGCAGGAGGCUGGUGGUGAGAGGAGUCGAGAUGAGUUGUAGUGUGGUUGUGAAAAUAAUCCUAUGAAACAUCCCAAGUUAUCCCGAUUACUCUUGACCGUUGUUUGAUUUCUUGUCUUGUCUUGCAAUCAAUGAUUC